UCUCCCACAGGCGGUCUCCAAAUCGAGAACAGCGAAGAGUCCGACCAGGGGAAGUACGAAUGUGUCGCCACCAACAGCGCCGGGACGCGCUACUCGGCCCCAGCGAACCUCUACGUGCGUGUACGCCGCGUGGCCCCUCGUUUCUCCAUCCCCCCUAGUAACCACGAAGUGAUGCCUGGGGGCAGUGUGAACCUGACCUGUGUCGCAGUCGGUGCCCCCAUGCCUUAUGUAAAGUGGAUGGCCGGCGCAGAAGAACUUACCAAAGAGGACGAGAUGCCGGUAGGCCGUAAUGUCCUGGAAUUGACCAAUAUUCGUGAAUCUGCCAAUUACACCUGCGUGGCGAUCUCUUCCCUUGGCAUGAUUGAGGCAGUGGCACAGAUUACAGUGAAAGCUUUGCCAAAACCACCGGUAGCUGUGAUGGUAACAGAGACGACAGCCACUAGCGUCACCUUGACGUGGGAUUCCGGAAACCCAGAACCUUUGUCCUACUACGUCAUACAGUAUAAGCCCAAGUUGUCAGAAGGCUCGUUCCAGGAGGUCGAUGGGGUGGCCACCACCCGUUACAGUAUCGGAGGCCUCAGCCCCUUCUCAGAAUAUGAAUUCCGCGUCAUCGCAGUCAACAACAUCGGCCGGGGCCCUCCGAGUGAGGUGGUGGAAGCACGGACAGGGGAACAGGCUCCAUCAGGUCCUCCUUUGAAAGUCCAGGCGCGAAUGCUCAGCUCCAGUACCAUGAUUGUCCAGUGGGAUCCUCCAGAAGAAGCCAAUGGUCAGAUCCGAGGAUUCCGGGUAUAUUACACAUCUGACCCACAUCUUCCCUUCAGCAUGUGGCAAAAGCACAAUGUAGUGGACAAUCUGCUGACCACAAUUGGAGGACUAACCACAGGAAUCACUUAUAGCAUCCGGGUUCUGGCCUUCACGUCUGUUGGGGAUGGGCCACCUUCAGAUAUGGUCCAAGUCAAGACCCAGCAGGGAGUUCCAGCCCAGCCGGUCAAUUUCCAGGCAGAAGCCGAGUCAGACACCCGAAUAAUGCUCACCUGGCAGUCCGCUUCGCAGGAGCGAAUCAGUUCCUAUGAACUGCAGUUCUGGGAGGGGCAGGAUGGACCGAAGCAAAAAGUAACGUUUGCUCCGGCGUCUUCCUAUGCGGUGGAAGGGUUGAAGCCUGACACCCCGUACAGUUUUCAGCUUGCAGCGUCAUCGGCGAUGGGGCUGGGGGUGUACACCUCUGUGGUCCAGGCUCGGACGGCCCAGUCCAUGCCCAGCGCUCCUCCCAGGAAGGUCGAGGUGGACUCUGUCAAUUCCACAUCCAUCCGUGUUACCUGGAAGUCACCACUUCCCACGAAGCAGAACGGGCAGAUCCGUGGCUAUCAAGUGACCUACGUCCGCCUUGAGGGUGGAGAACCUCGUGGCAGCCCCAUCAUUAAGGACGUAAUGCUGGCUGAGGCUCAGUGGAGACCCGAGGAAUCUGCAGAAUACGAGGCCCUUAUUACUGGGCUUUCCCCGGAGACCACCUAUUCCAUCACGGUGGCGGCUUAUACCACAAAGGGAGACGGCGCCAGGAGUAAACCCAAAGUUGUGACCACGACAGGGGCCGUGCCAGGCAAGCCCACCAUGAUGAUUGGCACAACGUCCCAGAACACAGCGCUUAUUCAGUGGCAUCCACCCAGAGAGUUGGUUGGAGAGAUCCAGGGCUACCGCCUGCAGUAUAAACGGGUGGAUGAGGAGAAGUUCAUCACCAUGGACUUUGGAAAGAAUGAGCAUCACUACACGGUGACCAAACUGCACCGGGGCGCACGUAUGUCUUCAAACUGUCCGCCAAGAACCGGGCCGGCUUUGGAGAGGAGUACGAGAAGGAGAUCUCCACGCCAGAGGAUGUGCCCAGUGGGUUCCCACAGAAUCUGCAGGUUGUUGGGCUCACCACAUCCACCACCGAGGUGUCCUGGGAUCCACCAGUCUUGGCAGAACGGAACGGAAGGAUCACGAACUACACAGUGGUGUACCGAGACAUCAACAGCCCUCAGGAUAUGUACAACAUCACCCGUGACACACAUAUCACUUUGGUCAACCUCAAGCCAGACACUACCUAUGACAUUAAGGUCAGGGCAAGGACCAACAAGGGACAAGGGCCCCUCAGCCCCAGCAUUCAGUCACGCACAAUGCCUGUGGACCAAGUGUUCGCAAAGAAUUUUAGGGUGAACGCAGUGAUGAAAACAUCGGUCUUGCUCAGCUGGGAAGUCCCCGACUCGUACAAAUCCGCUGUGCCUUUCAAGAUUCUAUACAACAACCAGAACGUAGAGGUGGACGGUCACUCAAUGCGCAAGCUCAUCAAUAACCUCCAGCCAGACACAGAGUAUUCCUUUGUACUCAUGAACCGCGGCAGCAGCAGCGCUGGCGGUCUCCAACACAGAGUGUCCAUCCGCACGGCUCCCGACGUCCUGCAGAGCAAGCCAUCCUCUGCCAGCAAGUACAUGGAGGAAGGACGAUUUACCCUGGAGCUGCCCAGAGUAAAGACCAGCGCCCCCGUCAGAUGGUAUUACAUUGUGGUUGUUCCCUUGGACCGUUCCAGUGGUAGUCUGAGCGCUCGCUGGCAGAGCCCGGAGGAGAUGGAGCUGGAGCAGAUUCUGGAAGCCAUUAAUCAGGGCUCCCGCCGGCAGAGACGUCACGCUACAAAGAAUAAGCCAUACAUAGCGGCUUGUCUCAACCCUCUCCCGGAAAUCUUCACUCUCGGUGACAACAAAGAAUAUAAUGGAUUCAUCAACAAGCCACUGAACGCCGACUUGAGCUAUACCUGCUUCGUGCUGGCGGCUCUAGAAGAUGGGGACACUAAGAAGUAUGCAGCCAGCCCGUAUUCUGAUAACAUCGUGGUGGAGGUUUCCUCAUCUAGACAACAGGAGGAGCCUGAGAUGUUGUGGGUGAUGGGCCCAGUCCUGGCAGUCAUCCUCAUUAUCAUCAUCGUCAUUGCCAUCCUUCUCUUCAAGAGUAAGCAGGAGAGGAAAAGGACCAACUCUCCCUCCAGCAAAGAGGACCAAAUGCCUGGACUGAAAGACUCCCUGCUGGCCAAUUCCUCUGACCCGGUGGAAAUGAGGCGCCUCAACUACCAGACUCCAGGUUCCAGUGUCCCCAGUUACCCGAAUAUCUCAAGUAUGAGGGACCAUCCUCCCAUCCCGGUCACCGACCUCGCUGACAACAUCGAGCGCCUAAAGGCCAACGAUGGGCUCAAAUUCUCUCAGGAAUACGAGUCCAUCGACCCCAGUCAGCAGUUCACCUGGGAACAUUCCAAUCUGGAGGUGAAUAAGCCAAAGAACCGUUAUGCAAAUGUUAUAGCCUACGACCACUCGCGUGUCAUCCUCACCUCAGUGGAUGGUGUUCCUGGCAGCGACUACAUUAAUUCCAACUAUAUAUAGAUGGCUACAGGAAAGCAGAACGCUUACAUCGCCACUCAAGGUCCGCUGCCCGAAACCUUCACCGAUUUCUGGCGUUUGGUGUGGGAGCAGAGAGCCUCCACCAUCGUGAUGAUGACCCGUCUUGAGGAGAAAUCCAGGGUGAAAUGCGACCAGUACUGGCCCAGCCGCGGCUCCGAGACGUACGGAAUGAUACAAGUCACCCUGCUGGACACGGUCGAAUUGGCCACGUACACAGUGAGGACGUUCGCCCUCUACAAGAACGGCUCCAGUGAAAAACGAGAAAUCAGACAGUUCCAGUUCAUGGCCUGGCCAGACCAUGGGGUUCCCGAGUACCCCACGCCGAUCCUGGCCUUCCUUCGCAGAGUGAAGGCUUGUAACCCACCAGAUGCUGGGCCUAUGGUGGUACACUGCAGCGCGGGUGUGGGAAGAACAGGGUGCUUCAUUGUGAUUGACGCCAUGCUGGAGCGAGUGAAGCUGGAGAAGACGGUAGAUAUCUAUGGCCAGGUGACCUGUAUGCGUUCUCAGCGGAACUACAUGGUACAGACCGAGGACCAAUACGUCUUCAUCCACGAGGCCCUGCUAGAGGCGGUCAUGUGCGGGAACACAGAAGUGCCGGCGCGCAGCCUGUAUGCACAUAUUCAGAAACUGUCUCAGGUCCCCGUGGGAGAGAGUGUCACCACCAUGGAGCUCGAGUUCAAGCUAUUGGCCAACUCCAAAGCCCACACCUCACGGUUCAUCAGUGCCAACCUACCAUGCAACAAGUUCAAGAACCGGCUGGUGAAUAUCAUGCCCUACGAAUCGAGCCGUGUGUGUCUGCAGCCAAUUCGUGGUGUCGAGGGCUCUGACUACAUCAACGCCAGCUUCAUUGAUGGCUAUAGGCAGCAGAAAGGCUACAUCGCCACUCAGGGACCCCUGGCGGAGACCACUGAGGACUUCUGGCGCAUGCUAUGGGAGCAUAAUUCCACCAUUGUGGUGAUGCUGACCAAGCUGCGGGAAAUGGGUCGGGAAAAGUGCCAUCAGUAUUGGCCCGCCGAGCGCUCAGCGAGGUAUCAGUAUUUCGUGGUGGACCCAAUGGCGGAAUAUAACAUGCCUCAGUACAUCCUGCGUGAAUUCAAAGUGACGGACGCACGGGACGGACAGUCUCGGACAAUCAGACAGUUCCAGUUCACAGACUGGCCCGAGCAGGGAGUGCCAAAAACAGGAGAGGGCUUCAUCGACUUCAUCGGACAAGUGCACAAAACGAAAGAACAGUUCGGACAAGACGGACCCAUCACUGUUCACUGCAGCGCUGGCGUGGGCCGGACCGGAGUCUUCAUCACACUCAGCAUCGUGCUGGAGCGGAUGAGGUACGAGGGGGUGGUGGACAUGUUCCAGACCGUGAAGACGCUGAGAACACAGAGACCAGCCAUGGUGCAGACGGAGGACCAGUAUCAGCUGUGCUACAGGGCUGCGCUGGAGUACCUGGGCAGCUUCGACCACUAUGCAACAUAA